GAGAUGCCUACAUAGAAGAGUGAUAGCAGCUGGCCACACGUCUCAGCACUGAACCAGCUCCUCAGGUACCCUGGCUCUGGAAAUUGCUAUGGGAGAUUGGAUGACUGUUACAGAUCCAGGUCUGUCUGCAGAAAGCCAAAAUAUCUCUCUAUAUACCUCAGAAACAAAGAUGUCUCCAUCAAGUUUAUACUCACAGCAAGUGCUAUGCUCUUCAAUACCUUUAUCAAAAAAUGUACACAGUUUUUUCAGUGCCUUCUGCACAGAGGAGAAUAUUGAACAAAGUAUUUCAUAUCUUGAUCAGGAAUUGACUACUUUUGGGUUUCCUUCAUUGUACGAAGAACCAAAAAGUAAAGAAGCAAAGAAAGAAUUAAAUAUAGUUGCUGUUUUAAAUUGUAUGAAUGAGCUACUUGUACUUCAGCGGAAGAAUCUUCUAGCUCAGGAAAAUGUGGAAACACAAAAUCUGAAACUGGGAAGUGACAUGGACCAUCUGCAGAGCUGCUAUGCAAAACUUAAGGAACAACUGGAAGCAUCCAGGAGGGAAAUUAUCGGGCUUCAGGAGAGAGACAGACAGCUACAGUGCAAGAACAGGAAUUUGCACCAGCUACUGAAAAAUGAGAAGGAUGAGGUACAAAAAUUACAAAAUAUCAUUGCAAGUCGAGCUACUCAGUACAAUCAUGAUAUGAAAAGAAAAGAACGUGAAUAUAAUAAACUAAAAGAACGUCUACAUCAACUUGUUAUGAACAAAAAGGAUAAAAAAAUAGCCAUGGACGUGCUGAACUACGUGGGCAGAGCUGAUGGGAAGCGGGGCUCUUGGAGGACUGGUAAAACCGAAGCCAGGAACGAGGAUGAAAUGUAUAAAAUUCUCUUGAAUGAUUAUGAAUACCGGCAGAAACAAAUCUUAAUGGAAAAUGCCGAACUUAAGAAGGUUCUCCAGCAAAUGAAAAAGGAGAUGAUCUCUCUUCUUUCUCCCCAAAAGAAGACACCUAGAGAAAGAGCAGAUGAGAGUACAGGAGCUGUUAUCUCUGAUGUUGAAGAGGAUGGCGGAGAGCUGAGCAGAGAGAGCAUGUGGGACCUUUCCUGUGAAACUGUGAGAGAGCAGCUUACAAAUAGCAUCAGGAAACAGUGGAGAAUUUUGAAAAGUCAUGUAGAAAAGCUUGACAACCAAGUUUCAAAGGUGAACUUGGAAGGUUUUAACGAUGAAGACGUGAUAUCACGACAAGACCAUGAGCAGGAAACUGAGAAGCUGGAGUUGGAAAUUCAGCAAUGUAAAGAAAUGAUUAAAACGCAGCAGCAACUUUUACAGCAGCUUGCUACUGCAUGUGAUGACGAUACCACUUCACUGUUACGAGACUGUUACUUGCUGGAAGAAAAGGAACGCCUUAAGGAAGAGUGGUCCCUUUUUAAAGAGCAAAAGAAGAAUUUUGAGAGAGAGAGACGGAGCUUCACAGAAGCGGCGAUCCGCCUAGGGCUGGAGAGAAAGGCAUUUGAAGAAGAGCGAGCCAGUUGGUUAAAGCAGCAGUUUUUAAAUAUGACUACCUUUGACCACCCGAACUCAGAAAAUGUGAAACUUUUCAGUGCCUUCUCAGGAAGUUCUGAUCAAGACAAUCUUCCAGUGCACUCAAAGCAAAGGCAGAAGAAGCCCCCCAGCACGUCUAAUGGGUCUCCAGUUUGCACAUCUAAAAUGACAAAAUCUCUGCCUGCUUCACCAACUCUAGACUCUUGCCAGACACGUUCCUGUGUAUCGGAACAUAGUUCAGUCAGUGUGCUGACUGUAACUCCUGAAGAAAUGAAACCCGAUCAGGUUGGAAGAGAAUGUACCAGUCAGACGUGGAGCGUGGUGUCCAGGCCUGGGGCGCAGCCAGGCUGCUCAGUGGAUGCUCUUUGACCUACAUAAAUCGUCACGUAGAGAAAGAUGACUUAUAGUUGAUGUGUGGAUGAGAACUCUUUUUCACUAACAUAUUCAUCAGAUUUGUUUCAUCUGAGUUGAAACAGGGUGUGUCAUAAAGUGAGUCAUCUCUGAUAAUUCAAGAAUGUUCUGAGUCGUUUGUUUGGACUUCCCUGUCUUCCCCAAAGAGCUGAAAUGCUAAAUCUAUUUAAAAGAGUAUAAAAGCUUUGGAUGUGUAUUUUUAGUAACAGAAGCAUCUGGCUCUGUGAAUAAAGGAAUGUAUAGAUGUCUGGAUAGAAACAGAAGCACUAGAAUGAGUUUCCUCUUUAUAGGUAUUAAAAAUAGCACUUUUAGGAAACUGAUUAUUGUAAAUGUUUAAUUUUUGUCCCAAAUAUAGUUGGCAUUGGAAGUUUAGCCUUUACUUGAAUGUAUACUGUAGAUUUUUAACAAAGCAAGUUCUAUAUUUAUUAUGUUUAGUGUGAUUUUGGAAUUACCUCUUUCAUAUGUUUUAAAUAAAGUAAAAUUUAUGUAUGUUUUGUAUAUAAAUAUACAUGAUUAUGUUAAGAAGCUUUAAGACUUAAAAGAUUCGCACAACCAUAAAUAUAGUAUUUUGUGCUGAUAGAAUGUUCCUAGUGAUAUUCUGUUUAAAGAUAUGUUAGGAUCAUGACUAUAUUAUAUUUAAGUUUUUUAAAAUCCAUCCGGGCAAUAACUAUUCAGAGUUAUCCCGCGAAGCCACGUUCUUUAGAAAAUCAGCAUACUAACAUUACAUUUUUGAGACUUUCUACAGCAUUAGAUUUUUAUUUUAUAUAUGUAGGAUAUUAUAAUUUGUAAAAGGACUAUUGAUUAUAGAGUAAUAGGGACAGGACAACUAAAGUACCUUUGAAUAGCAAUUUAAGGAGAUUGGUUUAAGAUACUCAGAUAAUAAAAAAUAUAGAAAACAUUGGGAUAGAGAUAAUUCCCUUAUCAGAUGAGUACUAGUACAGUAAUAUCUGUACUAGCUAGGGCUUUGUAUCAUUGCCAAUAAUUUUUUAGUAUUUUUUCAAUGAAAUAUUUACCAUUACUAUUAAAUAUGAUAAUGUAAAAAUAGAAGAUUUUAUAAUCCAAAUAUACUCGGGACAAUCUUGUAUCAUUUCAUUUUCAGAACAGUCUUAGGCGCUUUUGCUCUGUAAUGUGUGUCACUGCAUGUUUGCUCAUGAAAAGUAUGUUAUUGAUAGUAGUAAUGCUAAAAAAUUGUAGGUCAAGCUCUUCCCCCUAGAUUUUCAUCAAAAAAGCUUUUAAGUGCCUAGCGCUGCUUGUCUCUGUACAUAGAAAACUACACAGACCCAGUCCUUGCUAGGUAGAAUAGUUUGGCUCCAUCUGCCUUCUCCUUUCCCAUUAGUUCAAUCACUUAGAGACACUCACCCUGUUUGUGGCUGGUCUGUUUAGCCUCUCCCCCAGGCCUAGUUCUCAUCUGCUUAUUGUAUGUGACUCUUAGGAGCUGUGUAGCAGUAGCCAUUUUUCUAAGGUUGAUCGGCUAUCACUAGAGUAUCGUAGGAGACCGGAGUGAAUGUACUCCUAACGUAACUGCAUCUGUAGUCUCAAAGAGCUGGCUCUGGAAUGAUAGUCACUCUCUACCUUCAGCUUAAUGCAUGGUCGUGUCUUUAAAAUAUUAAAAAUGUUAAUGAAUUUUCAGAGUACCAUAUUCCAGAUGAAAUCUACCUGGAAUAUAAUUAUUCUUUUGCUAUUUAGCAAUGACGUGGUUGAAGAAAGGCAAUCAGAAAUUUUGAAGAGUUGCUGAUAGAUUUGUCAGGACUUCUCCUAGGGGUUUACUUUAUCAGAAGUAAACAUGCUGGGUUUUCAUACAGAUCUCUUAAGUUAGAAUACUGCAGUCCAUGAGGAUAGAUUUCUAGAAAGCUGUGUUUUUUUGUUGUGUUUCCAUUUUAAACUGGGUUAAAUUCUCAUGUUAAAAAUGCCCUUGAGCCUUUAAAAUCUCAGAUGUGAAAAAAACAGUAAAAUGAAAACUCCAGAUUGAUUGUGCCUUUGGUAUUUGCAUAGAUCUGCUAGAAGUUUUAAUCCUAAAUAUAUUCUAGUGGUACAGUGAUCCCUAAUCUCCUAAACUUACCAGAAUGUUGGAAUGGUUUCCUUACUGGAAAACUCUUGAAUCUACACACAAACUCCCAAGAUUUUCCCUUGCUUUUCUGUGGAAUUUCUGUGAACUAGUAACACAGCUGUGCUCCAGUCUUAGCAUUCAGCCUCAGUAAUGUCGCCAUCAGCGUAAAGCCCUGAUAAUCUUCGGUGUUUUCUUAUCAGCGUAAGAAUCUGAGAUGUUUUGUGCUUCGUUUGUUUUUACAUGACACAUCCAUUUUGAAUUAUCAAAGCAAAAGUGUCAAAAUUUGAGGUAAAAUUUUCCUACUUUCAAAUGUUUACAUCUGCAAUUUACAGUCUGGGAAAUUACUAGAGGAAUUGGUGACGCAAAAAUAUCCUGACUAAAAUAUAAGUGGUAAAUAUCUUGUCGGAGAAGCAAUAUACUAAGGGAUGAGUGUCUCAGACAGUGCACAGCAAAUUGCUUGCCUCAUGGUAUAAUUGGAAUGUUUGGAAAGAAUUGUCGGUCCACUGUGACUACGUGCUUUUUGUAGGAAAAGAUUCUGUGGUGCGUGAUGAGAAGGAGGAACCCUGAGGUCCAGUCGUGGCCUUCCCCUUGGGGCGUCGUCUUGAAAGCCCGUACCCCCGGGAGGGCUCGGUUUCUGCGGUGUGCAUGCCUGGAGUGCUGCGGGGUGACAAGACUUUCUGUGAUUGCCCUGUUGUAAAAAUCUUUAGUCUCCUUCCUGAUGUACACUGUGUUCUUAUUGCUAAAGUGGAUUUAAAGUAAGCUUGGAUUAUGGAACUCAAGUAAAUAUGCUUUUCACUAUGUUUGUCCUUACGGUUUUUCCAUCUGUUCAUGAACAUUUACAAAGCUCCUCCCAAAUGUCAGGGCAAAUGGCUUCUUUGUGAUCACUGGGGAAAAGAUGACAGGUGCCCUCCUUGCCCUUGAAAAUUGCUGAGUGGAGUGGAAGACCAGCCA